ACUGGCUCGACGAACGUAGCCUCCACACCCAACAUCGCCGUUCACCAUCACCAUCACCACCCAGAGCUUCCCACCAUUCCUGACGGCCCAGUAGAAGAACUCAUCGUGGCAGGCACGGCAUUCGGUUUUGGGUUGUUCAACCUCGUCUUUUCGCUUCUUCCAAGAAAGGUGCAAGGACUCGUCGGCUUUCUUGGGUUCAAGCAUGAUCGAAAGUUGGCGUUGCGCGCAUUGUCGCUCGCGGUGUUGAAAAAGGAUGUUCAUGGUGUGUUUGCGGGGCUGGUCCUUAUGACGUAUCAUGGCGGGGUGCUUCUUCUAUCAGGGUAUCAAGCGGACAAGGCGAGGAUCCUGAAGGAGUACAAAGCUAUCGUUGACGAUGUCGAAUCACGCUAUCCUGACGGAGCUCUGUGGAUCCUCAAUCGUGCAAAGAUCUUGCGUAUGUCAAAUGAUGCAAAGGGCGUAAUCAACGUUCUCCAAAAAGCAAUGAGGCCAGAGAGGCCACAUCAUUUCGUGCAGGCGGAUAUGGUUCUUGUAUUCGAGCUAGCUUGGGUCCUUCUCAGCCAAAGAAGAUAUCAAGAAGCAGCGGAUACAUUCAUCAAAAUUACAGAGCUGAACAGCUGGAGUCAUGGAACGUAUUAUUACAUUGCUGCAGGCUGUCAUGUCUUCCUUGGAAACAUUGAGAAAGCCCAGGCUAUGUUUGAUACAAUCCUGGACUUGAUCGAUAAGAAGAAAAUAAGUGGAAAUAUCAAAAAAAAGCUUGCCUUUUACAAGGAGAAGCAAGUCAGAAGGGGUGGGGAUAUGGAGAAAUUUGUGGAAGCCAUGAAAAUCAAUCCAGCUGAGGAAAUUGCCAUUUCGUCGCAUCGAGCUUCCCAAGAGCCCUGCUCGUUCUCCGGCUUUUCCUCCAUCUGA